AUGACUUAUAAAGAAUCUUCUUCCAAACAUCAUGAUAAAAAAUCUCAUAUCAAUGAUCUCGAUAAGACAUUAUUUGAAGUUUUUAAAAAAACUGAUAAUUCAAAUGAUUUUAUAGAUGAUUGCUCUGAUAUCCAUCAAGAUUCUAGUAAUUCUGUAAAGCAAAAAUUUAUUUUACGUUACAAACCUUCAGAACAAAAAGAGUCACUAACGAUUCUAGUCAAUGAAGCAAAGAUUUUAUUUUUGAGAUCACGUGAUCCUUCAACUAUUGCGUAUGAUACAUUGUUGAAAUUAAUAGCUUCAGGAUUUUCUGAAAAUAGUAAGAUGAUGUUCUUUUUCAAAAUGAAAUUAGAUUCAUAUUUUACAGAUCACCGGACCCAUUUAAACACUGAAGCCAGGGUCUAUGCUGAAGAUUACAUUAAUAAUAACAG